AGGAUCUGAAGUCGCCUGGUGGACCUGCGUCCUCCGCUCCCGAGUCCUCGCGGGAUCGUGGCGGGGCGCCGAUCGCCUUGUGCAGGAAGCGAGGAACGUCAGAGAGGAAGUAGAAGAUGAACAAGCCUUUGACACCGUCAACAUAUGUACGCAGCCUCAAUGUCGGAAUCAUUAGGAAGCUAUCAGAUUUUAUUGAUCCUCAAGAAGGAUGGAAGAAAUUAGCAGUCGCUAUUAAAAAGCCAUCUGGUGAUGAUAGAUACAACCAAUUUCAUAUAAGGAGAUUCGAGGCCUUACUUCAAACUGGAAAGAGCCCCACUUGUGAACUGCUGUUCGACUGGGGCACCACAAACUGCACAGUUGGUGACCUUGUGGAUCUUCUGGUCCAGACUGGGCUGUUUGCCCCAGCCACUCUCCUGCUGCCAGAUGCAGUUCCCAAAACCGUCAGCAAUAUACCAUCCAGAGAAGCUGCCACAGUGGCACAGACACACAGGACUGGCCACCAAAAGGACAAGGCAUCCAUAAUGCCUAUGCCGAAGCCAGAGCAAAGCUACGAGCCACCCGACUCCUCAAGUCCAGACAAUAAAAGUUUAGACUUCAGUGAUACUCGUUUUCACAGUUUUUCCUUUUAUGAACUGAAGAGUAUGACAAAUAACUUUGAUGAGCGGCCCGUGUCUGUCGGGGGCAGCAGAAUGGGCGAGGGGGGAUUUGGAGUGGUGUACAGAGGCUGCGUGAACAGCACGCCUGUGGCGGUGAAGAAGCUCGGGGCAAUGGCUGAAAUCAGUACUGAAGAAUUAAAGCAACAGUUUGAUCAAGAAAUUAAAGUAAUGGCAAAGUGCCAGCAUGAAAACCUGGUAGAGCUACUCGGCUUCUCAAGUGACAGCGAUGACCUGUGCUUAGUGUAUGCCUACAUGCCCAAUGGCUCCUUGCUAGACAGGCUGUCCUGCUUGGACGGUACUCCACCGCUCUCUUGGCACAGGAGAUGCACGAUUGCUCAGGGCGCAGCUAAUGGCAUCAGGUUUUUACAUGAAAAUCAUCACAUCCAUAGAGAUAUUAAAAGUGCAAAUAUCUUACUAGACAAAGACUUUACUGCCAAAAUAUCUGACUUUGGGCUUGCACGGGCUUCAGCGAAGUUAGCACAGACAGUCAUGACCAGCCGAAUUGUGGGCACCACAGCUUAUAUGGCACCCGAAGCUCUCCGAGGAGAGAUAACGCCCAAAUCUGACAUCUACAGCUUUGGUGUGGUGUUGUUAGAGCUAAUAACCGGACUCGCGGCCGUGGAUGAAAACCGUGAACCUCAAUUACUACUGGAUAUUAAAGAUGAAAUUGAAGAUGAAGAAAAGACGAUUGAAGAUUAUACUGAUGAGAAGAUGAAUGAUGUGGACCCUGCAUCCGUUGAAGCUAUGUACUCUGCUGCUAGUCAGUGUCUGCAGGAAAAGAAAAACAGGAGGCCGGAUAUUGCAAAAGUUCAACAGCUGCUAGAAGAAACAUCUGCUUAA